GUUGGUGGGGGGGCCCGAGAGAGAGGGGAUGGGGGAGGUAUGAGAGUUGGGUGAGAGGCGAGGGAAGGAGGGAAGUAGGAGAGAAGUUAGGAGACCUGACAUGUCGAUCAGGGUGAAUGGGGUGAAGUUUGCGGUGCAAAGAGGAGAGGUGGACUUAGAUUUGGGAGACAAGGAGGAGAAAGGUAGUUCAUUGUUGUGCCCGGUAGGACCUGUGGGCCCAAGAAACAGAUGGGAAGGACUGACAGAUUUGGAGCUCAUGGGCUGAUCUGACCAGGAGAGGGCAACGGAGAGGGGAUUGGGCUUAAACAAGUUUCCUUGCAACUGCUUAGGUAAAAAUAAGACAAGACAGUGAAAUAAAAAAAUGAUUUUUCUAAUAUGGGACAAUUAACAAUUCUCCAGUUUGGAAAUUGAGAGAAGACUGGAGUUGAGGCCAGAAGUGGGGCGUGGAGGCAAGAGAGAAGUGGAGGUUGGUCAGGUCUGGGAGAAAGGAAAGGAGAUGAGUGACAAGGAAGAGGAAAUCUUAGAAAGGAUGGGUUACGAUGGGGGCCAGCGGAUCUGGAAUAGGAAUGAGGUGAGGGAUGAUACUGGCAUGGAUUGUGGGGGUGCAUUUCUAACUGGCAUCUCUCAGGUGAUGGAGAGCACCCCCUCAAGGGGUGGACUGAACCGAGUACACCUACAAUGCAGGAAUCUGCAGGAAUUUCUAGGGGGCCUGAGCCCUGGCGUAUUAGAUCGAUUGUAUGGGCAUCCUGCCACCUGUUUGGCUGUCUUCAGGGAGCUCCCCUCUUUGGCUAAGAACUGGGUGAUGCGGAUGCUCUUUCUGGAGCAGCCUUUGCCACAAGCUGCCGUAGCCCUGUGGGUGAAGAAGGAAUUCAGCAAAGCUCAAGAGGAAAGCACAGGGCUGCUGAGUGGUCUCCGGAUCUGGCACACCCAGCUGCUCCCUGGUGGUCUCCAGGGCCUGAUCCUCAACCCCAUCUUCCGCCAAAACCUCCGCAUUGCCCUUCUGGGUGGGGGCAAGGCCUGGUCUGAUGACACAAGUCAGCUGGGUCCUGACAAGCACGCCCGGGAUGUUCCCUCACUUGACAAGUAUGCCGAGGAGCGAUGGGAGGUGGUCCUACACUUCAUGGUGGGCUCCCCCAGUGCAGCUGUCAGCCAGGACUUGGCUCAGCUCCUCAGCCAGGCUGGGCUCAUGAAGAGCACUGAACCUGGAGAGCCGCCCUGCAUUACCUCAGCUGGCUUCCAGUUCCUGUUGCUGGACACCCCUGCCCAGCUGUGGUACUUUAUGUUGCAGUAUCUGCAGACAGCCCAGAGUCGGGGCAUGGACCUAGUGGAGAUUCUCUCCUUCCUCUUCCAGCUCAGUUUCUCUACUCUGGGCAAGGAUUAUUCCGUGGAAGGUAUGAGUGAUUCUUUGUUGAAUUUCCUACAACAUCUACGUGAGUUUGGGCUUGUUUUCCAGAGGAAGAGGAAAUCUCGGCGUUACUACCCCACACGGCUGGCCAUUAAUCUCUCAUCAGGUGUUUCUGGAGCUGGGGGUACUGCCCAUCAGCCAGGCUUCAUUGUCGUGGAGACUAAUUACCGACUGUAUGCCUACACUGAGUCGGAGCUGCAGAUUGCCCUCAUUGCCCUCUUCUCAGAGAUGCUCUAUCGAUUCCCCAACAUGGUGGUGGCACAGGUGACCCGGGAGAGUGUUCAGCAGGCCAUCGCCAGUGGCAUCACAGCCCAGCAGAUCAUCCAUUUCCUAAGGACAAGGGCGCACCCAGUGAUGCUCAAACAGACACCUGUGCUGCCGCCCACCAUCACAGACCAGAUUCGGCUGUGGGAGCUGGAAAGGGACAGACUCCGGUUCACUGAGGGUGUCCUGUAUAACCAGUUCCUGUCGCAAGUGGACUUUGAACUACUGCUGGCCCACGCUCGCGAGUUGGGCGUGCUGGUGUUCGAGAACUCUGCCAAGCGGCUGAUGGUGGUGACCCCAGCGGGGCACAGCGACGUCAAGCGCUUCUGGAAGCGGCAGAAGCACAGCUCCUGAGAGCUCGGGCUCCGGGUGGGGCGGGGCGGCCGCGGCCUCAGAACUCAGGUGUUUUUAUUUACACAUCGGACUAUUAAUUGUUUAAUAAAGUUGUGGAAAUGA